UUCAGUUCAUCAGCAGAUGGCGUCGAGAGUCGGUCGCCCUCCGGACAUUCCGAUAGCGCUGGACAGCCGAGUCACGAGGACGGCGACGAUACUGAGGCCACUAAGUGCUCGCCUAACGCCCCUCUGAAACGUGCCUUCCCCAGUCCGGGCAAGAGUCCCGAGACAAAGACAAAAAGACCGGCCUCAGCAGCGGGAAGAAAGCAGAGUAGUAGCACCUCUACGCCGCCAGGGCCUUCUGUUGACUAUACUGGGAUAUCUGAACACGCGGAUAGUUCCUGCUAUGACUUUGAUCCCUUCCAUGUGCACAACUUUGCUGAGUCCUUCAAAUCCCAGCCCGCCUUCCCUACGCCCAACUGCUUUUCUCCGGAAUGCACUACGCCGUCUCUGCAAAAUUCGAACUCCUACGAAUCCCCAGAGGCGCCCGACCUUGAUGACGGUGAGGAAUUUUUUUUGGCAGACUACUUUUCUUAA